AGGUUGUUGAGAGUCUUAUUAGAGAAGCGGAAGAGGGAAGCCCUAGCGUGCGGUUAUGACAGUUACUUGUGGGGGGAAUGAGGUAUGAUUGCACUGGAAGCUAUUGUGGCAUUUCCACUUGGUGGAGAUAUGCUUUUUUAUCUUCCUCCUCAUAAACCCUUUGGUGCUUCAGUAGCUUUCUCCCCUACUUGCCCUCCUUCAUUCUCUUGGUUUUUGAGGCUUCAACUUUCGUCCCACCAAAACCCAUGAAACAAUCAGUGGGCACAUUUUACCCUCGCACUGCUCUGAAGUCCUUUUCCAGCAAAGUAGGAGUCAUGCUUUUCCGCUGUGGUUCCUCAAACAAGUACAAGAAGUUGGAUGCAAAGCUUGAAAGGAAAAUGAUGGAAGUCAAGAGAAACACAUCAGGGCGUAACAAUUUCAGAUCAUUUGACAGCAUAAUCAUGAGGUUCCCUCAAUUCAAAGAGGGAUUGAAAAAUAUAAGAGGUGUGUUUGCACAGUAUGAUGAAGACUCCAAUGGGAUUAUUGACCAUGAGGAACUAAAGAAAUGCCUACAGAAACUGCAACUCCAUCUUACAGAACAAGAAAUUGAUGAUCUUUUCUGUUCCUGUGAUGCUGAUGGGAGUCAAGGGAUACAAUUCAAUGAGUUCAUUGUUAUUCUGUGUCUCAUCUAUCUCCUAAUGGAACCUUCCACCUCUACUCAUCCUACAUCAAAGAUGGGUUCACCACAGCUCGAAGCCACAUUUGAUACAAUAGUUGAAGCAUUCUUGUUUCUUGAUAACAAUGGUGAUGGAAAGCUGAACAAAAGGGACAUGGUCAAGGCUUUGAAUGAGGCUUCUCCCUGCGAGAAAUCAUCUGCACAUAUUACUAGGACACGAUUCAAAGAAAUGGAUGGGAACAGGAGUGGGAAGGCUGGCUUCAGGGAUUUCCUCUUUGCUCUUACUGACUGGGUUGGACUUGAUGGUGAUGAGGAAAUUCCUAUAUCAGGAAGUUAAUCUAAGUUCAUGGGCAGCAUAAUGAGCAAAAAAACAACUCAAAGUGAGUUUAGAUUUGGUAUAUUUGUGUGUACAUAUGCCAAAAAUGUAUUUAGUGUAUUAUUAAAAAAUGUUGUUGCUGUAUCAUACAUACACCAUUUAUGAUUUCCUCUUCAAAUAGUAGACAUCCGAACCAUCCUAGGACUUACUGCUAUAAAUUAUCAUUGAAUAGUUUUUCUCUCUUC